CGUCAGAUUUGAAUAGUUAGGUUAUGUUACGUCAAUCAAAAUCGAACAUUUUAAGUCCGUAUAAAGCGUUAUCUAUAUAUUAACGGAAGUGAAUGUGAUCAACAUUUUAAACGUUUCCUUUUAUAAAAUGAAGUUUUUAACGAAAAUCAACGUUUAUUUCUUUCUAUUAACAAUUUAUUUUAAAACAACCUUGUGCGAAUCCGAAUGGAUAGAUCCGUUUAACAUCGACUUUGUUGCAAACGAACGACUUAAAGAGCCCGAAACAACUACGAAUAACUUAAGUGGGGCUUGCCCUGCUUCUUCCAGUGGUGCAAUGCUAUAUUAUAAGAGAACGAUUAAUUUGCUGUUGUCUUCGGUGGUUCAUGAUGAAAUUUCUGGUAAUUAUAAGGGUAAAUUGGUUAUAAAUCUUCAAAUGGACGAUUUUAAUGUGCUUAAAGAGUUUAGUAAUGGUGAAAUUGACGAACCGUUAAUGUUGAAAAAGAUUAAUGAUAUUAUAACGAAUACCCUUGAGAUGACUUUUGUUGAUCAGAUUGAAUUAGCUUUCAUUAAUUGGACUGAGAUUUUUUAUAAUAUCGUUAAGAGCCAAACAACUUGGUUUGUUUUGAUUACUUUAUCAGUUAUUUUUGUUGUUUAUCGUUUGCUCAAUGCAAAAUUUAGUGCUAAAGAAGUUUUUUGUUAUGUUGCUUUAUUGGGGUAUGUUUUUGAUUUUUGUAUCACUUGGAAGAGGAUAUUACAAGAGCAUGAAAUUAAUCAAUAUGCUGAUAGCUUGCAAUAUAAAAAUAUACCUUCGGAUUGUUUUCCUAAGGAUAUGAAUGGAUGGCAAGUUUUUAUGAGCUAUUUUAAAACCACAACUGAUUGUAGGCAAUACUACAAAAACAUGAUGUACGAUUUUAUUUGGGAAGUUGGACCAUUAGAUGUAAUCGCACACCAAACACGCGUUUUUAUACAAAUCUUUGGGAAUAUCGGCGUUGCUAUAUCUCAAAUGGUUUCUGGUUUUAUGACGAAUUUUCCUUUUCCUUUAAAUUUAAUCCUUUUAAUUCCUUUAUUACUUUUUGUCCUCACCUUUAUGUGUAUUAUUUUUACUUAUUUUACAAACACCCAAAUUUAUAUUAAUUUGAUGUACAUAAUACAAUUUACUUUAAAAAAAACUCCAACUCCAACAGUCGUGUAUCGAGAGGAAAUUCAAGAGAUUUUGGCGCCAGAGAAAGAAUCGAAAACAAUUAAAAUUGCGCCUAAAAAUAAAGAAUCCAAGAAGAGUGUUGAAACGAUAAAACUUGAAGAUGUUGCAAAUGAAAGUGAUGAAAAAACAGUGCGUUUAGUUGAAGAACCUUAAUUUUUAAUUAAAUCAUUAUGCUUUGCAUUCCUCAUUUUGAAUUAGAUUAAUUUAAUUUAUACUUGUAAAUAUUAAUUUUUGUCUAAUAAAAGAAAUAUUAAUUUGAUGCA